GCUGCUUUCUUCUGGCUCUGGAGAGCGUCUUCCCCGUGGGGUGUUCCUCCUCUUUCGGGAAGGAAAGGCCAUUCCCAGCCACACAGACCGUGCUGGAGUGCGCGUGCCUUCCUCCAGCUCAUCUGCCGAUUUUAAUUCUCGGGCCCAACCGAAAAACACCGAGAGGUAAAACGUUGCCUCCCCACCCACCGUGGUCUGGAGGCUGGAGGAGAUUUUCUGUUCGACUCAGUACAGGCUGAGCUCUGUCCCGGCAAAUCCCCGUGCUGGAGCUGUGACCCCGUGACCCUCAGGACCCCAGGGUGUGGCUGCGCUUGGGCGUGGAGCUGUAGAGAUUGUGAAGCUAAAGCGAGGCCGUGCGCGUGGCCCUGACCCCGGGUGGCCGGCGUCCUUAUGAGAAGGGGAGACGGGGACGCAGCACACAGGACGACCAUGUGAGGACACGGAAUAUCGAGGACGCAGCACACAGGAUGACCAUGUGAGGAAUACGUCCUCUUCGCGCCAAGGAGAGAGCCUGGGUGUGAGACACUUUGCCCCCAGCACCAGAGGGAAUGGGCUCCCACUGUUUAAGCCGCCUGCCUGAGCAAACCCACACGGACCGCCUGGCAAGGCCUCGCUGGAGCCGCGGCCACAGCAGGGUUUCGUCCUGGUGCCCUGUGGCUGGGGGGAGGCGCGGGGCCGGCAGCGUUUGCACCGCACCACUGCCUGCAGGGCUGCCUUUGUCUUCCUGAGUUAUCUGUGUCCCGUUUGCCCUGAUAGGGAGAGAAAGACUCAAACACCCCGUCACAGAGGGAGACCUGCAUCUGUGCUGCAGGCAGCCUUGUUAGGGUCUGGUGCCGGUUCCCCGCCCUCCCUGGUGGAGAGACCAGACGUGAAAACACAGAACCCGCCCCAGCCCCGGCCUGCGGGAAAGAAGGGAAAGCACAGAACCCGCCCCAGCCCCGGCCUGCACAGAAAGCCGCGCUGUGCUGCCUGGGACCAGCCGAUCUUUGGCCUCUGACCUUCCAGUGAUGUCACAGCAGCCCCCUGGCAACAGCGCACCCAGCACCUCCUGACUACUCCCUGUGGGACGGCUGGGUGUGAGGGUGGCAGCCUUGCGCUUGGGCCGAGGCUGGGCUAGAGGAUGGAGAAGGACACGGGGAACACACACAGGAGGCACCGGCCCGGCCCCAGGGUCCUGCCCUUAGGAGUGGCCCUCGGGCACCUCAAGGCGGCCAGCGAGGCCUCUGAACUUCAGCGGAGCAGGAGUCUGGAAGGCCUGCAGCUCAAGAGGGACCCUCCCAGCCACCCUAGGAAGCCUCGCAAGGAGCCGGAGUCCGAAGAUCAAGGGAAAGACCCAAGCAGUAGCGGGGAAGAUGCCAGCUGUCAGGAAAACCUAGCACAAGACAAGAAGGAAAGCUUCGGCACCCUUGGGAAGCUGGGUCAUGAGAGUGGAAAACGGGACCCAGAGAGGGAGAAGAGCAACUCGGAGGCCAGCACGCAGGAGGCACGGGAAGGCGAGCACGCGGACGGAGGCUCGCAGGAGGCCAAGGAACAGGAGGCGGAGUCCAUAAAGCUAAAUGACCUUCAGGAAAAAGAGAAAGCAUCUGUGUUUGUGGAGAUUGACCUGGGAGACCAUGCUGAGGAGGUGGUCACCGAUGCCAAGAAGGAAGAGAAGCCGUCCCAGAUGGAUGUGGGAGAUCUGUCAGAAGACGAGUUUUAGCUGCAGACUUGAGUCCUGCAGGUGAUGGGAAGCUGUGCAUACAUGCUGGUGUCACAGCCAAGCCGGCUGCUCUCACAACGAGCCUCAGGCCCUGGGGCUGGGGCAGCCCUCGAAGAGAUGACCUGUGUCCCCAGGCUGGAUGCUGUGUAGGUCCAGGGAAGCCCCAAGACUUCCUGAGGCCCCGAGGCCCUCAGCCAUGAAGAGGGGUGUGGGGAGGGAAGACAUGUCUGGCCCAUUGAACGGGGCCAUGUGCCUAUAGUGUUUUAUUUUAAACAACACACGAAAAUACAAAAAGCAAUUGUCCAAAUGCCUACCACUCAGAACUAACAGUUUAUGAGUAUCUUGAUUUAUUACAGGUUUUUUUAAAAGGAUGAAUUGUUCUACUGGCUUUGUAAAACAGUCACAUGAUA